AGUUCCCGGCCCAUGCCUUUCUGGGCAUGCUCUAACGCGAUUCAGUCUUCUAUGUACUGGCCUACUUACUUCCUUCUUCUCACAUUCUUGUCUCUGCCCUCGGUCUGUGAGACGACUCUCCCCUCCAACCGCAAACAUGUCGGACUUCUCAGAAGAUCAGAUUAUUGAGUUCAAAGAGGCUUUCCUCCUGUUCGACCGCACGGGCGAUGGCAAGAUCAGCUUCAGCCAGUGCGGGGAUGUCAUGCGGGCUCUCGGCCAGAACCCCGUCAACGCUGAGGUUCUCAAGGUCCUGGGCAACCCUAAAGCCGAGGGUGAGAAGUCUUUCGAGAUGAACCACAAGAUGCUGGACUUUGAGCAGUUCCUGCCCAUGCUGCAGGCCAUCGCCAAAAACAAGGAUCAGGGCUCGUUCGAGGACUUUGUGGAGGGCCUUCGCGUCUUCGACAAGGAGGGCAACGGCACAGUGAUGGGUGCCGAGCUCCGCCACGUCCUCACCACGCUGGGGGAGAAGAUGUCUGAGGAGGAGGUAGAGACGCUCUUAGCAGGACACGAGGAUGCUAACGGCUGCAUCAACUACGAAGCGUUCGUUCGCACCAUCAUGUCUGGCUGAGUGCCGGAACUCGUCAGGAUGGUUAUGAACGGUUGAAGAUGCAGGACCAUGACAUUUUUUUUGUGCUUCUAUUCUUAUUUCAUUCCCAGUUUUUUUUUUUUUUUUUAGUUAAUUGAGUAAUUUCUAUUUUUUUUCCUGAUACAUUUCUGUUACAUGCGCGCGCACCCCCCCUUUAUUUUGUCCAUUCCCUGAAGCCAGUGCAUUCCAGCCUCAUGCGCCCCCCCCCCCCCCCCCACCCCCUCGUUCCCCUCGUUCCCCUGCUCUUGCAUUGGUCCUCAUUUGGGUUUUUAUUUUCAGAAGUGCCUUUAUCCCACCCCACCCCACCCCACCCCACUCAGUUAGGCUCCUCCUCCCCGCUGUCUUUGUCUCUUCACCACCGGGCGCUCUGGAAUCAGACCUGCAUGAGAGAGAACCGUAACCGUGUGCUGACACAAACCUGCAAUAAUACCCUCCUUAGAUGCAGCACAGCCGCCCCCGACUUCUGUAAAACGCCACCGUUCAUGUAAUGCUUACUCACUGGCGUGUGUGUGUGUGUGUGUGUGUGUGUGUGUGUGUGUGUGUGUGUGUGUGUGUGUGUGUGUGUGUAUAUGAGAGAAAGUGAGUGUUUUAGUGAGAGAGAGAGAGAGAGAGAGAGAGAGAGACAAUGCCCCAGUGGACUGGCUGCCAAGUAUGGUCAGUAUACGCUCCGUGUGGCUCUCUUGUCAAGGCUCCCCUCAUUGCCAGUGCUAUGCAGAGAAUCGAUGUCCGAGGCAACCAACCAAUCAUGAAUUUGAAGUGAAGACAAAUUAAACUCACCCAAGGUUUUAUGUUAAUCCAUGUAAGAUUCCAUGUUUGAAUAAAAACAAACCUUAAACUGA